UUUCUUUUUAGCCUUAAUAUUAAUUAAUUAAGAUUUAACGUUCACAUAAUUAAGAUAUUUCUUUUUCUUUGUUAAUUUUAAGUUCCCGGUUCUGGCGCAGGCUGUGGCAAUGUAGCAGAACUUGUCUUUCUGUUAGACACAUCCGGUAGUGUAACUGACCCCAACUUUUUGACAAUGUUGAAAUUCAUUGAUGCGGUUAUAGAUGAAUUAAAGGGUCAAAGUCGUUUCGGAGUUGCAACAUUUAGCACAAAUGCUAAGGUUGAAAUUUACUUAGGACAAUAUGAGGAUACUGAUGCUUUACAAGAAGCUGUUUUCAACAUCAAAUAUGAGCCUGGUCAGACGAACACAGCAGCUGGAAUACAGAUUGUGAGAGAGCAGAUGUUCCAAGCCUUUAAUGGGGGCAGGGCAAGUGCCCCAGAUUAUCUCAUACUACUAACAGAUGGAGUUUCAAACCUGAACAGUGGUCAAACUAUUAAUCAAGCUGACAGAGCAAGUUUUGAGGGAAUUGAGAUAAUUGCUGUUGGCAUUGGACUAAAGCAGGAUUAUGAGGUUAAUGCAAUUGCUCAUGAUGAGAAUCAUGUCUUUGCUGUUGAUCAGUUUGAUCAGUUGUCUUAUGUGGUGGAUCCAGUCUCCAAGUUGAUAUGUGCAGGAAGGUGAUCAACUUAACACAUACUAACAGUUUAUGUGCCUCAGUCACAAAUACAAACUAUCCUAUAGACUCUUGUCAUAUUGCAGAACAUCAGGGUGCUUACCAGCUUUCUUGUAGAUUUCAAAAAUCCCACAAAAUAUGUUUUUUCAAAGCUGCACAUUUAUUGCUAUUUCAUAAAACUGACAGAGUGAGGCAAAAAUCUAGUUGCAAACUGGCAUUCUGUUAUGCAGACUAAGAUGGAGCACCCUGUACAUAUUGAAAAUUAUAACAAAUUUUAAUUUUACUGAAAAAUUAAUGUUUAUUUUUUAAUACAGAGUAUAAAUUGCAUAUAUUGUUCAUAGUCCUAUACUUUCAUGAUAGACCCAAUAAUACAGCUGUAAUUUAAAGGGCUUUCCUACAUGUAUGUCCAUCAAAUAUUUCUGCUUGGCUUUUGACCAUUAUAUGCUGUAAAGUAAAUAGCUAUCUGAAUUCUGUAAACACACAAUAUACACAUGUACAAUGUCCUACUUUUAUGUGUACAAAAUAAAUGUACAGGGCAACCAAUGUGGUUCGGAUUAUCCAUGGGUGUGUUCGAAUCUUAACUACAUUUGAGGAAAAUUCAGUAACUUGCCUAUAUUUUUUAUUUAUUUAAUAAUGAAUGGUACUGUCUAAUGUGAAAUGGAUGUAUUUUGAAUGUAUUAAAUUACAGAAAGAUUUCUAUGUUUGCAAGUAAAACAAAUAAAUAAAUGAUACAUGCAAAAAUCUUAA